AUGGCGCAUGGUCCUUUUGAGAGAAAGCCUCUGGGGCUCGACUUACCCCAUGCCCCUACACCGGACUCGCCGCCUGGCAUUGCGGCGCUGUUCGUCAUUCGUUUCGACAUCAAGGCCGGAUAUGUCAUCUCAUGGAAACGUGCUAUCCCAGGGGUCGAGAUAGAAGGCGUUGUUGAAUAUAGAUCACUUCCAUCUGGUCUCCACAAUGUCUCUGAAGAUUUGAUAUAUUUCGUUUAUGAACAAUAUGCCGGCAUCAGUGCUUUUGUCAACCUGCCCGCGGAUGAAGCAGAGCGCAAUGCGAAUAUGUUCGCGGUAGGGGUUUUGGUCCCCUUAGGCUCUGGCAGACUCGGGAAGAGCUGGAGACAUGCUCCCAAGCUGAAGGAAUUGGCACAUGUCUAUGCAAAGGAUAUGUCCAACACACAAAUUCUAUCCGACUAUUGGGAGACUUAUGAGAUGCGCACAAAUGGCGCCUCCGCCAUUCCGCCCGAUUCUCCCCUAGAAUCUCCCCUCAGUCUUCGUUUCAGAGAGCGACCAGAUAGCAUGCAUCGCAAUCGCACAUUUAGUGAUGCUCUCGUCCUGGAAGCGUCUAGGCCGGCCCUGACGCCUUUCCAUCCAGCCUCAUCGCUCCCUGAAUUUCUCGAUUGUUUCGGUCCUUUGAUCUUUCCAUUGUACAGAGCAGCCUUAUUACGCAAGCGUAUUCUUCUGAUGGCCGAAGCGCCGGUCCAUAUACCCUGUAACUUUGACGCAGUAUAUGAUUUGUCUUUACUAGCAUCGCUUCCUUAUUCUCUCCUCCCACUACUCCCCCCAGCCGGUUCACCACCUCCACGACCUCGCCCUCUCUUCAACGUGGGCAUCCACGAUAUUCCAUACCUUUCUUCUUUUGUGGGCGUCUCACCCAGCUCAGAGCCCGAUGCCGCCUGGAUAGCCUGCAGCACAGACAGCGUGUUGAGCAUGAAAAGCGAGCUCUUCGAUGUCUUAGUCACGUUGCCCCCGGUACAUUCCAAAAACGCUGCCGAAAAGGUGUUUCCCAAAAUCUCCGUAUUGCCCGACCGCACCGCGCACCACAACUCAUCUCAAGCAAUCUACCUCAAAGCCACACAGCGUGACGCCCGACGCUAUUCGAUCCUCCGUAAGGGUUUGCGACACCUAUCACACAGUCAGGACACCCAGUCAGGAAGCGACGAGGACUCCGACGCUGCCUCGACAUACUCCUCCAGCCCCGUGGUCGAGCCUCUCUCGUGGACACGCCUGGCGUAUACAUCCUUCAUCUGGUGGGCCUCCGCAGGCGAGAAGCGCGACGGACUCUCCGAGGAAGAGGAAGAGGAGCACCAGAUCGAGCAAGACACCCGGCUCCUCGCCAGCGUCGAGUCAAUGCCCACUCCGUCCUCGGGAUCCGUGGGCCGACAAUCCAUGCAGGCGGAGGGUGCCCAGCAACCCCCAGAAAUCGCAAUGGUUGCUUAUUUCCGCCGCCUAACGACGCAGAUCUUCGUUACCCUCUCGGAUGUGAUUGCCCGUCAGGAUAGCAGAGACGGCGAAGACGAUGAAGACGUGGACGCGCCAUAUGAGGAUGGCCCCGCAGAUGAUGACAAUGACGAUACCGAACCAUCCGUCCACAUCGGCCGCCAGGCCACGCUGGAGGAUGAUUCCAGGGCGCCGUUGUUGGAAUCCGGCGCCAAGCGUUCUGACGGGGACGACGAGCCCGUAAGGAUCACAUCGGAGGACAUGACAGAGAUGGGACUCGAUGUGUGGAGCGCGUCCGACCGGAUCUUCGUGGAAGAGCUGGUUCAGUCGUGGUGGGGUCGGAAGGCCUACAUUGAUAGUGCACGCAUCAAAUGCUGCGGGAUCUCCAUUGUUUAG